CUAAAUGUCAAUAGAAAUUGGUUAUGGCAUAUGUGUAAAUAUUGUAUUUAUUUACUGUUUUUGUUGAAUAGAAUAAGAAAAUUAUGUAAUAAUGUUAAUGCGCUUUGAUAAAUAAACUUCAAGAAUUCUUUCCUUCCUGUUAAUAUAAAUUAAUUUUUAUUCAAGCUGGCUUGUUUUUGUAAUUUCAUCAAUAUGAUUUUCGAACUUUUAUCUUUAAUUGUUAUAUUGCCCAUGAUUUUGCUUGGAGUACUUCUGUUUGGUGCAUUUGUAAUUGUGCCUUGUGCAUUCAUCUUUGCAUCUUGGUAUAUGAGGAUUAAUGAGAGAAAGCUGCAACGGAGAAAACGAGAUGGGGCUAACAUAGCCUUUUUCCACCCAUAUUGCAAUGCGGGAGGUGGUGGAGAAAGGGUGCUAUGGGUUGCUAUAAAGGCUAUACUAACCAGGUACCCAGACUCCCAUAUCUACAUCUACACAGUUGAAACAGCUGAACCCAAAGCAAUAUUAAACAAAGUCCAAAACCAUUUUAAUGUUAAACUGGAACCUGAGAGAAUCAACUUUGUGCGACUGUCCCUGCAGAAGGUGAUAGAGCCCCAAACCUAUCCCUACUUCACAUUGUUGCUGCAGAGCUUAGGAACUAUGAUACUGGGGAUGGAAGCCUUUAUGAAGUUCAAUCCAGAUAUCUACAUAGACACAAUGGGGUGCGCCUUCACGUACCCCAUAUUCCGCUACCUGGCGCAGUGCCCGGUGGGGUGCUACACGCACUACCCCGUGGUGACCGCGGCCAUGAUGCGGCGCGUCAAGCACCGCCUGGUCAGCUACAACAACCGCAGCGCCAUCGCGCGCAACCCGCUGCUCACCUGGUGCAAGCUGCUCUACUACAAGGUGUUCGGCUGGCUGUACGGGGUGGCGGGGCGGCGCGCGGACAUCGUCAUGGUGAACGGCUCGUGGACGGAGGAGCACAUCCACGAGCUGUGGCGCCGGCCGCUCAGCACACACCGCGUGUACCCGCCCUGCGAGGUAUCGGAGCUCAAAAAGCUUCGCUCUUUGGUCAGAGAUUCUGAUCCGAUCCGCAUCCUGUCGGUGGCGCAGUUCCGCCCAGAGAAGGACCACCCGCUCAUGCUGCAGGCCAUGUACGAGCUUAGAAACCUGCUCAUCAAGAACGAGAUGCUUUGGAAUAAGAUCCGGCUGGUGCUGGUGGGCUCGUGCCGCAACGCCGCCGACGAGCAGCGCGUGCGCCACCUGCGCGACCUGGCCAAGCACCUGUCGGUGGAGGACAACGUGCAGUUCUGCGUCAACGCGUCCUACAGCCAGCUGCUGCAGCUGUACCAGAGCAGCUCGCUGGCGCUGCACGCCAUGUGGAACGAGCACUUCGGCAUCAGCGUGGUGGAGUGCAUGGCCGCGGGGCUCAUCACCAUCGCGCACCGCUCGGGCGGGCCGCUGGCCGACAUCGUGCAGACGGCCGACGGCGCGCGCACGGGCUUCCUGGCCGCCGCGCCCGACGAGUACGCGCGCGCCGUCCUCGAGGUCAUCGCGCUCCCGGCCGCUGACAAGAAGAGCAUCGUCGACGCGGCCAGGGCAUCAGUGGAUCGUUUCUCCGAGACAGCAUUUGUGAAGGCAUUCCUGAGGGCAGUGGAACCGUUGAUGCGGGUAGAAUAAGGUGAACGAGUCCACGGAUUAGAGUGAAAAGAUAGAACGAGAUGACCUAACGACCUAAAGCUCGUUUUUUUAUGCUCAGAUCGUAAUU